GUAGGGAGGGGAGAGUAAAACUUCCUAGAGAAGCGUCAGUCUCUCAUUUUCUGGAUCAAGCAGGAGGGACGGAUCAUGGAGGGACCCCCUCAUGACAAGUACAGAGUCAUCUUUAAACAUUACACUCGCGAAAAGCGGCACUUUAGGCAGACAUGUACAGUUAUUCCAUGAAGUGUGCUGCGUCCAGCGAACAAUGCUGAGCGAAUGACACUCUCAUGAAAGCUUGGCAACACUCUCUACCUCACCGGGAGAGGAACUGCUGUAGCGUUUCUUGUUCAUCAUCAUCUUCUUCAUCAUCCUCCUCAGCAGCAGCAGCAUCAUCAGCAGCAGCAGCAUCAUCAUCAUCGUCAGCGCGAGCGGCACGCACUUCACUUGCUCCACAUCCUCGGGGCCACGAGAGCGCCAGGGCGCAAAGAUGAACAUCCAAGUCCUGCCCGAGCACAAACUGUCCUCGGUGGCCCCGCUGAAACAGUUUAACGUGGAGAAAAAGGAAGUGGAGCUGAUCCUGGUGAAGGAGCAGAAUGGGGUCCAGUACACGAACUCCUCGGUCGUGGCCUCCCCGAGCUCCCGCGGCUGCACCUCUGCCUCCGGUGAAGAUGUGGAGAGGGAGACCUGGGGCAAGAAAAUGGACUUUCUGCUCUCUGUCAUAGGCUUUGCUGUGGAUCUGGCCAAUGUGUGGAGGUUCCCCUACUUGUGUUACAAAAACGGAGGAGGUGCCUUUUUGAUCCCAUAUGUUCUGUUCCUGUUUAUUGCUGGGAUGCCUCUGUUUUACAUGGAACUUGCCCUGGGUCAGUAUAACAGAGAGGGAGCAGCUACUCUUUGGAAAAUCUGUCCUGUAUUUAAAGGUGUUGGCUACACAGUGAUUGUCAUAGCACUCUAUGUUGGCUUUUACUACAAUGUCAUCAUAGCAUGGUCACUGUAUUACUUAUACGCAUCACUGACGAGUGAGCUGCCCUGGCUCCACUGUAACAACCCAUGGAACAGCCCCAACUGCACAGAGCCAAAGGACAUCAAUGGCACCAUCUUGGGUAACGGAACCUCCUAUGCCAAGUACAAGAACACACCGGCCGCAGAGUUCUACGAGCGCGGAGUGCUGCAUAGUCAUGAGAGUAAAGGCAUUGGAGAUUUGGGUCUUCCUCGAUGGGAGCUCACCAUCUGCCUUGUUGUUGUCGCCUUCAUCCUCUACUUCAGCCUCUGGAAAGGAGUCAAAUCCUCUGGAAAGGUGGUGUAUAUUACAGCUACUAUGCCCUACAUAGUGUUGUUGGUGUUGCUGAUUCGAGGCAUCACUCUCCCUGGUGCAAUGAAUGGAAUCAGGGCAUAUCUUCACAUUGACCUAAAGAAGCUCAAUAACCCUCAAGUAUGGAUUGACGCAGCUACUCAGAUUUUCUUUUCUCUAGGAGCUGGGUUUGGAGUCCUCAUUGCCUUUUCCAGCUACAAUAAAUUUAACAAUAACUGCUACAGGGAUGCUAUCCUGACCAGCACAAUAAACUGCGUAACCAGUUUCUUCUCAGGGUUUGCCAUCUUCUCAGUACUGGGGUAUAUGGCUGAACAGCAUAAAGUCAAUAUAAAGGAUGUGGCCACGGAGGGAGCUGGACUAGUAUUUGUUAUCUACCCAGAAGCCAUCUCAACACUACCAGGAGCUACAUUCUUCGCUAUAGUGUUCUUCAUCAUGCUUCUGACCCUUGGAAUUGACAGCUCUAUGGGCGGCAUGGAGGCAGUACUCACUGGGCUUUCUGAUGACUUCAAAAUCCUAAAGAGAAACAGAAAAUUAUUUACAUUCGCUACAGUUGUGGGGACAUUCCUGAUGGCCCUUCUGUGCGUCACAAAUGGAGGGAUCUAUGUGUUGACCUUAUUGGACAAAUACGCUGCAGGGACGUCCAUUCUGUUUGGCGUACUGUUUGAGGCCAUCGGAGUAUCUUGGUUCUAUGGCGUGGACAGAUUUAGUGAAGACAUUGAACGGAUGAUGGGCUUCAAACCAGGGAUCUACUGGAGGCUCUGCUGGAAGUUUGUCAGUCCAGCGUUCUUGCUGUUAGUGGUGAUCGCCAGCAUUGUUACCUCCGGACGACUGACAUAUGAUGAAUAUGUUUUCCCGUACUGGGCAGAUAUGCUGGGCUGGUGCAUAGCAUUGUCUUCUAUGCUGUUUGUACCAUUUUAUGCCAUCUACAAAUUCUUUAGUGUGCCAAGCAGUUUUAAAGAGAGGUUAGCGUAUUGUGUUACUCCAGAACAUGAACAUCACUUGGUGACGGAGGGCAAUGUCAGACAGUUCAAGCUCAAACAUUGGUUAACCAUCUGAUGAAGCAGUCAGGUGGGAAUGACCUCUCUAAUGCUACUUGAAUGCUGGAGAAGAUGUGGUGUGUGUGAGAGAGAAAGGUUUCUGCAAAGGUCUCAUGCCAUGUGAAAGUGUCCCCUGAGAAAAGGACAGAACGAUGCGAUGGCUUUGUGUGUUUCCCAACCACACACUAUACUGUCCGGUCUGCUCCAUUUGUGUUCAGUGGUUGACUUGACUUUUUUAUAUUGUAAAGCAAAAUAAAUGUUACGCCUAUACUUUUUUAAAAUCACACACUUGCGUUUUAGUGUGAACAUCUCUUUAAAAAAAAACAUCAGAAACCUUUCAGAACACUUCAUUUUAGGGUUAAACAGGUAUUUUACUUUUGAGAUGUUCCACUUUGGUAACACUUUACUUAAAGGGGCGGUUCAUAAGACUGUCAUAAAACAUUCAUAAACAUGACAUGACAGAUGUCAUAAAUAUGAAGGAGAUUUUAUGAAUUCUAAUGACAAUUGUUAUUAAGUGUCAUUCACUCAGUUAUCAUUUUAUAUGCAAAAGUGACAUUGUUUGAGAUGUCUUUAUUAUGACUUGACAUAAAUACAUCUUAAACUUUGUCUUUCCCACAACAACUUGACACUACCAAGACAACAUAACAUUUCAUAAAUCUGUCGUAAACAUAUUUCAUGAGGCCAUUAAUAUUUUGUCAACAACAUUAUUAAUAUUUUCUUGACAUCAAUUACAAAGGUACAAAGUGAAUUUGUCUUUAAUAUGUCAUUAAAUAUAUUAACGAUGCAAUUAUAAAAUUAUUUGUCAGAGUAUUGACACAUCCACUGAGUAAUUUUAAUUACAAUUUAAUUUUGUUCCACUGAAAAAACUGAUCAGAAAAUCAUUCAUGAUACAGUUAUAAUGACUAUCAUGUUUAUGACAGAUUUAUGACCAGCUAUGUUGUUAUGGUAAUGUCAAGUUGUCAUGACAAAGACAUCUCAAACAAUGUCAUCUUUGCAUUUAAAAUUACAUAACUGAGCAAAUGGCACUUAAUGACAGUUGUCAUAAACGGGGACAAUCUUCUUUAUAUUGAUGACAUGUCAUAUCAUGAUUAUAAAGGAGUUAUGACAGUCUUAUGAACACCCCCUUCAAGUAAAGUGUCACUUUCACUUUUUAAACACUUUUUUGGGGUCAUAGGUUUGCAUUUCUGUAACUGUUUUGGGAAAAUGUUUAAUGUGUGUUUAUAUGGAGUAAGUGCGUGUGACAGGUUAUCUUGCACCGUAUUCGUACUGUAGGUCUAGGUAACACACUAAGAAAUGGAAAACCCCUUAAUAUUCCUGGAAAUCUUUACGCCGUUUUCGGAGAGUUUUGAGCCAUUGCUACAGUAUGUGUUAGCGUGCAGCUGUGAGUUUCUCACAGUUUACCUUGUUUCCCAAGAAUGGUUUGGUUUCACAACAGCUGGUUUACAUCAAGGGUCCACCACAAAUUAUCUCGAGCACAUCUUUUCCCUUUUGGACACACCUCACAAAGCAGACAUACACCACUGUGUCAGUGCCUUAUCUAGCCAUAAACUUCCUGUCAUUGAGUCACUCAUCCUCAUGAAGAGAGUGCAGGCAUGUUCUUUAUGACUAAAGCACCUCAUUGAGAGAGAGUCUCAAUUAACUCCACGCCAAGGGAAAUUUAUACUUAUAGCUUUCAAAUUGAACUUAUACCCGGAAUUCAGAUUAGAGCUUGCUCUUCUUAUAGGCCAAUAUUUAAAAAGGGAUUUUGUUUUUGAGUCCAGGGAUCAACAUUUACUUAUGCCCCGCAGAGCAACAAUUAUUAAAAGGUCAAUUUCGCUGCCUUGUGUCGUUUCAAGGAUAUAUUAUAUUGUAUGUAAAGACCUUAUGAGCCCCUGAAUAGAACAAUUAUGAGCCAGAUUUACUAACAGCUUGUGCCUGUGGACACUUUCUUUUGGCAUUAAAAAUACUACAGUCAGGGUUUACUAAAGACAGAAAAAUAGCAAUUAAAAGUAUUUAAAAGACAUUUUAUUUUAUUAUCAUUGCAUCUUUUUUGUUUGUUUGUUUGUUUGUUUGCAGCUGAUCUUAUUGCAUUGUAAUUUGUUGGAGUUUCUCUUUCAGUCACCAGAUUUGUUCGAGGAGAGUAUUUAAGUCUUGCAACGUGACGUACUAAAGUUUUUAAAUUUCCAUUCAUGCCUUAACCCAUUUAGCAUCCUCUACCUGCACCUGAUCAUCACUGGCUCUGUUUGCUUGCAAUCCAAUGCUAAUUUGCAUCGGUCAUUAUGGAAAUGAGCUGAGAGAACAUCUAUGUUUUAAUUUGCACAUUGUUGCAGGAGUUCGAACUCACAUUGGUGCUUUAAUAGGUUUCACUAAUUUGAUCUGUUCAGUAAAUCUGGCCCUUUAUUCUAAAUUAAAAGUCCUGCCGACCAUGUUAAACAAUAUUGGGCCACACUAGGCUGGGCUAUUUAAUUUGAAUUGGGCUUGAUAUGACAAAGUUGCACCGAUAAUCUAUUUACACCAUACACUGAAAAUCCUAUUAUUGAGCUUUUUGUGGUACAUUCCCUUUAUCACAUGGUCCCUUUGAACAUUUCAGGCUGUUUAUGGGUUGUGUGUGCGUGUCUAUGUCUGUGUGUGAGUAAAGAUAACAAAUUAGGUUCUCAAUCCAUUCAAGAUCAAUGGUCUGUGUGGUUGUUUUGUCUCAAAAUAAUGCAUACAUUUCGUGGUUCACUGUGGCUUUCUCAUUUUAAGUAUUUGAAAAUUUCAAAGUGCCAAAAUCAACUCCCUUAAUGUUUGUUUGUGCUUAAUUUAUUUGUGUACAAUCAUUUAAAAGACAAAAAAAGAUGGUAAACACGAUCACUAGUAGGAAGCAAGCAACAUAUGUCGAUUAUGAAAUAUAAAGAGAUACAAAUCUAUUCUUUUGUUAUAUAUCUAAUAUUGUAUGUAUCAAAUUCUUUAUAAAACGUGAAUGUAAAACAUUUUAAGCAAAGUGUCUACUGUUAUAUCAUGCUGUGUGAUGUCGGUAAAGUUAUAAAUAUUCAGAAAUGUAUUAUUAUUCCGUGUAACCAGGGGUGACAUAACCACAUGAAUGUAAACGGAGCAGCUCUGGCAUUUCUGAGUGAUGCUUACAGAAUAAUGUGUACAACUUAAAAACUCGUCCUUUUGAUUGUGAGUGACAAAUAUAUAUGAAGAAGUCAAAAUAUGCACAUUAUAACAAUAAAGUCAAUUCCAGUACACAUACAGAUAGAA